AUUCCAAAGCAAAACACUUGAGUGGGGGCAUAAUUCUCGAAUAUCUUUGCCAUUAAAUUGGAAAUGAGUGUGACCCAGUGGCUGGAUCGGGUGUUGGAGCAGCCACUUCAUCUUCGUCUACUGAAUCAACAAAACGUACAUAAAAUAGAUAGAUAGAUUAUAGAUAGGACCAACCUCGUUUGUUCUGUUUCUUGAGUUAUUUCAUUCUCACAUAUCCAACCAUAUUUUGCAUGUCCAAUUCUUGUUCCAAAAUAUCUAUCUCAUCUCUUACUCCAAUCCCUUUUCACAACGCCACAAUCAUUCAUUCACUCCACACCCUCCUAUUCCUCAACUCCCUUCACUCACCCCUUUUCUAAUUCGCCCAAAGAUUUUGUGCUCUACGGUCAACAUGGAGAUCGAUAAAGCAAUUAGAGAGUGUGAUGAUCGAAGACUUCAGACCAAGUACAACAACGCCACCUAUGUUAUUCAGAGAGCUUUAGCUUUGUAUUCUAUUGAAGAGGUUGCCUUCAGCUUCAAUGGAGGAAAGGAUUCAACAGUUUUGUUGCACCUACUCAGGGCUGGCUAUUUCUUGCAUAAAAGAGGGAAAAAUAGUGCCAAUGGGGAUUUAAAAAAUUUUCCAAUUCGGACAAUAUAUUUUGAGACUCCUAGUGCUUUCCCAGAAAUCAACUCAUUUACCUAUGAUACAGCUUCUACCUAUGGUUUGCAAAUUGACACCAUUCGCUUAGAUUUCAAGUCUGGUUUGGAGGCUUUGUUAAAGGAUAAACCUAUUCGAGCUAUUUUCCUUGGAGUUCGAAUUGGAGACCCUACUGCGGUUGGUCAAGAGCAAUUCUCCCCUAGCUCACCCGGGUGGCCACCUUUCAUGAGAGUGAAUCCCAUUUUAGAUUGGUCAUACAGAGAUGUAUGGGCCUUCCUUUUAACAUGCAAGGUGAACUAUUGCAGCCUUUACGAUCAAGGUUAUACAUCAAUUGGGAGCAUAUAUGACACAGUUCCCAACUCUUUAUUAAGCAUUAGCAACGCUUCCAAUAAAUUCAAACCAGCAUAUCUACUUGCUGAUGGAAGAUUAGAGAGGGCAGGGAGGGCUAAAAGAUCAUCUACUGGUGGACAACUACGUGCUGACAGCAAUGGCUUGACUACCCCAGAUUUGCAUAAAAACAGCAUGCUCACAGCAUCAAUCAUUGCAGUAGGAGAUGAGAUUCUGUUUGGCAUUGUUGAGGAUCAAUUGGGACCUUAUUUGUGUGGGAAGCUGAAUUCCGUUGGUUGGUCUGUGUUUCAACUUUCUGUUGUACACAACAGUAUAGAUUCUGUGGCCGAAGAAGUUGAGAGACAAAAAUCUACAAGUGAUAUGGUAUUUAUAUAUGGAGGUGUAGGUCCACUGCAUUCAGAUGUUACCUUAUCAGGCAUUGCAAAAGCUUUUGGUGUUCGUUUGGCUCCUGAUGAAGAAUUUGAGGAGUAUCUCAGGCAUAUUAUUGGUGAUCAGUGUACUGGUGACCGCAAUGAGAUGGCUCAAUUGCCUGAGGGCAUAACUGAAUUAUUGCAUCAUGAGGAGUUGUCUGUGCCCUUGAUCAAGUGCCAAAAUGUAAUAAUUCUAAGUGCAACAAAUGUUUUGGAGCUGGAAAGGCAGUGGGACUGUUUGAUUGAAUUAACAAAAUCAAGUGACCUACUAGCGUUGCUGGAACCAUAUGUAUCAAAGCAUGUGACAACUAAUCUCUCAGAUGUUGAAAUUGCUCAACCUUUGUCAAAGCUUUGCCUUGAAUUUCCGGACCUUUAUAUUGGGUGUUAUCGCAAAGCCAGAUAUGGAUCCCUUAUAGUAAGCUUCAAAGGAAAGGACCAAACACGCCUUGAAUCAGCUAUAAAAGCAUUGCACAAGAAGUUUCAACCUGGUGCUUUCGUUGAGAUGAACUAGCGUGAUAUUCUCAAUGAUAUGGUCCAUUUCUAUUGGAUGCGAACAGAAUGGAAAUCUUUUAUACACAGGGAACAUGCCAAUCUCAUAUUAUCUACAAAUAUAAGAUGCAUGGGAUAAAGAUGGACUGAGGAAUAAAUCAAGGAUGCUACUCUGUCGGAAGAAGAAAGAACAAUGGUACAACAGAGGUUGCUGAAGCUUCAAUUCAAUUGCGAUACACGGCAUUUUAACUGCUUCAUGGGGCUCGGACAACAAAUUGACUAUUAUUGAAUUAUUAUGAAAUUAUCUCAACUUACAGAACCAGUUUACAAAUACAGGUUUUUGCAUUGAAAAUCCACCAAUUAAAUCUUUAAAUUAGCAGUGCAAAUUGCACCAUCAGCUUUGGUUGCUAUUUACCUGAUUUUUAUGUUGAUUUAAGUAUACUUGCUAUACAGUUGGCAAGCAGGUCAUCUGGUGUAUGAACCAUUUAGCCCAUUUUUUUAACCAUUCUAUGCUGAGGCAUAGUUUGCCCAGUGGAAUAACGUAUUUAUUGGUAAAGUCACCGUACAGGAAAAGAUUUCCCCCCUCAAUAAGUAAUGAUUAGGGCACGACCCUUUUUUCUUUACUUCUAUGUUCGUGGGAUACCCCUCACAUUAACUUUCUAUGUUCAGGGGAAUCAAUUCUUCUUGUGCUGAUCAAAGGUUAAAUUCCAAACUAUUGACGCACUUCCUAAACCGAUUGACCUCUUGUC